CAUGCUGCCAGCUUUUCAUCAUCCAUCGCGGAUUAAAAUGUACGAAACAACAUAAGCUGUUGGUUGUCCCAGGAUCGUUUAGCAUUUCCCGACCUUGCGCGGGCGCAACGCGCGUGUCAUAUAUGUUUCAAGAUCGGCCAAGUUAUCAUCAUCAUCAUCAUCAUCACCAACGCCAUAUCAACGACUUCAACGACUUCAACGACUUCAACGACUUCAACGACUUCAACGACUUCAACGACUUCAGCGUAGAUCGUCCAUCUUUCUCUCUCUUUCUUCGUCGCUACAUCUCUAUACCUCUUUCUCUCAUUUCCUCUCUCUCGAUCGAUCUCAACAAUGAUUCUCUCCUCCGUCCUCUUCUUCUCCUUCUCCCUUUUCCUCCUCGUAUACCCAUCAUACUCGUCAUCCUCCUCCUCCUCCUCCUCAUCAUCCCCAUCAUCAUCAUCAUCCCCAUCCUCCUCUCCCCUCCCCCCCAAACAACCCCAAUGCCCACCCCAAAAUCCCCUCCAAAACCCCCUCCACCCCUCCUGUCCCGCCAUCAUCCCCCUAAAUCCCCCUCAACAACAACAACAACAACAACAACAACACCACCAAACACCCUGGUCCUCCCCCCCAACAUGCACCCAACCCCUCCCCACCCUCCACAACUCCCCCCUCUGCAUCUACACAUCCACAUCCUUUGCCCACGGCCGCGGCAUCGCCAUCCUCACCACCCCCGCCCUAGCAGCCGCCUUUCGCGCCCUGCCUGCUUUCUCCGAGGGUGUGGAUUCGCAGUUACAUCUGGAACAUCAACACGAGCGAGAACAGGACCGCGUAUACACCGAAACCCCCCUCCCAGGCCGCGGCAUGGGCAUCCUCGCACGCGGCCCGCUCUCCCGCGGCGACGUGGUCAUGACGCACACGCCCGUCCUGCUUGCGCUGCGCAAUGUGACGAGGCUGAUUGCGCAGGAGGAUUUGGAGAUGUUGUUUGGGAGGGCGCUGGCGGGGUUGAGUGGGGAUGUGGAGAGGGGGGUUAGGGGGUUGGCGAGGAGGUUUGCGGGGGGUGGUACUGGGGGUGCUGGUGGUGUAGGAGGCGGGGAAGGGGGGUUGUUGUUGUUGGAUGUGGUGGCGACGAAUGGGUUUGAGGUUGGGGUUGGGGACGGCGGGGGGGAGAUGCAUGUUGCGGUUUUGCUGGGGGCGAGUCGGGUUAAUCAUGAUUGUGGGCCGAACGCAAUAUACACCUGGAACACCCCUCUCCUCACACACACCAUCCGCGCCGUCCGGCCCAUCGCGCCAGGCGAGGAGAUUACGAUUGCUUACUCCCACCCCCUAACGCCAACCCCCCACCGCACCCUCUCCCUCGCACAAACAUUCGGCUUCACAUGUACGUGCGCGCGCUGCGUUUCCCCGGAGGGGGUAUCGAAUGCGAGAUUGGCUGAGAUUGAGAGGGUUAGAGAGGGGAUUUUGGGUGGUGGUGGCGGUGGUGAAGGUGUAGAAGUGGAGGUACUGUGUGCUCGGUUGAGAGAGCUUUAUGAGGCGGAGGGGCUGCAUAGUUUGGUGGGGUUUGGGGAUGGAGUUGGGGAUGGGGAUGGGGAUGAGGUUGGGGGUAUUUGUGUGCGGUUUUGGGGGUGA